GAAGUGUUUAAAGUUAAAGGUUAUAAGUACAUGAGGUAUAUUUAAACAUAAUAGCUGUCUAUUCAUAAUCAACAGGUACUGUUAGCUGUCUUACAUGACGUCGCAUAAAACCCAGGUUAUUAUGUCAUUGAUUCAGUGAGAAUAUGGUAGCAAAUCUAUGAAGAAACCAUUGAGUGUAUUCUUCUAGUCAUAAAAUUACUGUAUUAUUUGAAAUCGCCCCUCAAGUUACUUCAUAAUGAUGGAUAACAUAAUUUUUCUUUUGUCAUUCUAGAAGACAACACAAAGAAAAGGAAGUAUCUGCAAGGUGAGUAGCAAGAUUUAAUUUUUUAGUGCAAAGCCAGCUCCAUCAUGUCAUCAGUGAAGCUGAUAGAAGCCUAGCUACUCCUAAACUCUCAACGUCAUUGUGGAACCACUCCAUAAAGCGCUCGUAAACUUGGACUUCUCUCUUUAACACUUAACAUCAACAUAACCAAAAUGUCAGGAGGUCCAAAACAAGCAACUUUCGGUGGAUCAGAACCAAGAGCAGCUAACGAAGUUGAGAAGCAAGCUCAAGAUAUCCAGCGCCAAAAUGAGACCAACAAGGGCGGUGCUGCUGGACGUGAAGGCGUCGCAUCCACAAACCCAUCAGACUACGAUCGUAGAGGCGGUUCAGGUGGUGGAAGUCUGAAUGACCCAAAGAUUUAAGCUAUUGAGCCAUUGUAUGAAUCUGAUGAUAAAUUGUUAUAUAUGCAUUGAUUACAAUAAAAA